GCACCUUCCCCCUUGGAUUUUUCUUCUCCCCCUUAGCUGGACCCCUGGCAGCUCCUUCCUUAAGGUGGGAUGGAUAGCAGGGUCCCUGGUGCAACUAGCAAUGGAAAGACAAUACCAACUUAUUCAGUCGUGGAAAAGGAGAAAGAGGAGGAGGAAGAGGAAGGCACACUAGAGCGGGGUCACUGGAACAACAAGUUGGAAUAUGUGCUAUCUGUAGCUGGGGAAAUCAUUGGGCUGGGCAAUGUCUGGAGGUUCCCCUAUCUCUGCUACAAGAAUGGGGGAGGUGCCUUUUUCAUACCCUACCUCAUCUUCCUCUUCACCUGUGGCAUUCCUGUUUUCCUCCUGGAGACGGCACUGGGUCAGUAUACCAGCCAGGGAGGUGUCACAGCCUGGAGAAAGAUCUGUCCUAUCUUUGAAGGCAUUGGUUAUGCCUCCCAGGUGAUUGUCAUUCUCCUCAACUUUUAUUACAUCAUAGUUUUGGCCUGGGCUUUCUUCUACCUCUUCAGCUCUUUCACCAUCGACCUUCCCUGGGGCAGCUGUGACCAUGAGUGGAACACAGAGCACUGUGUGGAGUUCCAGAGGACCAAUGGCUCCCUGAAUGUGACAGCUGAGAAUGCUACCUCUCCUGUCAUUGAGUUUUGGGAGAGGCGGGUCCUGAAAAUCUCCGAAGGGAUCCAGCACCUGGGGAGCCUGCGCUGGGAGCUGGCCCUGUGCCUUCUGCUCGCCUGGAUUAUCUGCUACUUCUGCAUUUGGAAAGGAGUCAAAUCUACAGGCAAAGUAGUAUACUUCACAGCCACGUUUCCAUACCUCAUGCUGGUGGUCCUGUUAAUCCGAGGGGUGACUCUACCUGGUGCUGCCCAGGGGAUCCAGUUCUACCUGUACCCAAAUCUCACUCGUCUCUGGGAUCCCCAGGUAUGGAUGGAUGCAGGUACCCAAAUCUUCUUCUCCUAUGCCAUCUGUCUGGGGUGUCUGACAGCUUUGGGCAGCUACAACAAGUACCACAACAACUGUUACAGGGACUGCAUCUCACUGUGCUUCCUGAACAGUGGCACCAGCUUUGUGGCUGGUUUUGCUAUUUUCUCCAUUCUGGGCUUUAUGUCUCAGGAGCAGGGGGUACCCAUCUCUGAGGUGGCCGAGUCAGGCCCUGGAUUGGCAUUCAUCGCUUACCCCAGGGCUGUGGUGAUGCUGCCCUUCUCUCCACUUUGGGCGUGCUGUUUCUUCCUCAUGGUUGUGCUGCUUGGGCUGGAUAGUCAGUUUGUGUGUGUGGAGAGCCUGGUGACGGCCUUGGUGGACAUGUACCCCAACAUACUUCGAAAGAAGAACCGACGGGAAACUCUUAUCCUGGUGAUUUCUGUCCUUUCCUACCUCAUCGGGCUGAUCAUGCUCACUGAGGGUGGAAUGUAUGUGUUUCAGCUGUUUGACUACUAUGCGGCCAGCGGCAUGUGCCUCUUAUUUGUAGCCAUUUUUGAGACACUGUGUGUGGCCUGGGUAUAUGGAGCUGAGAGAUUCUAUGAUAAUAUUGAAGACAUGAUUGGCUAUCGGCCAUGGCCUGUUAUCAAAUAUUGUUGGAUAUUCCUCACUCCAGCUGUAUGCACAGCCACUUUCCUUUUUUCUCUGGCCAAGUACACCCCACUGACCUACAAUAAGAAGUAUACUUACCCAUGGUGGGGAGAUGCUCUGGGCUGGCUCCUGGCAUUGUCCUCCAUGGUCUGCAUCCCUGCCUGGAGUGGUUACAAACUGACAACUCUCAAAGGCUCCCUGAGAGAGAGACUCCGCCAGCUCAUCUGCCCAGAAGAAGACCUGCCCCAGCGGCUGUGUACAGCACCCCCCACUCCCUCCACUACUCGGGCAGCACUCCUCAGGCUCACAGAACUUGAGUCCCACUGCUAGAGACCAACUGAGUCUGUGACACUGCUGGUUUUCCGUACAUUCAGCUCCUUGCCCUGUCCUUGAUAUGGCUGCAGAGAGGAGCAGACAAAAUUGCCGUACCUUUUUGAGAGGAAGGAACUUUCUAACCAUACCCAAUUCCAUCUCAUCCCAGAAUCACAGACAAAAAAACUCCUGGGGAUGUUUUGUACUAUUCCUUCUGGGCUGGAGGUCUCCUAUUCCCAAGUUUGUGUCUUAUGGGAGAGGAAAGAACUGAGUGCAAAUUAAGUCUUCAACUACUUAAGGGAGGGGAUCCUUUUUGGGGAAAGAAUAGGGUGGAAUGGAUAGAAAGGUUAAAAAAAAGGCCCCUCUCCUUUCAUUCCAUUAAAUUCACAUUCUUUGCACUGGUCCUCCUGCAAAAGUUCAACUUUGUCUCUGUUUCUUUGUCCCUCUAUUCUGUCCCCCUGAUUUCCUUACUUCAUGAUGCUAUCUCUUUCCUCCCUCCUCCCUACUUCAUGGAACAUGUAAAAAACAGGAAGGAGCUAUUCAGGAUUUAUGAGGUCUCACAGUCCCCAUGACCUUCAUCACAAAACAAGAGCUGAGUAUUUCUGUUAUGUCUCCUUUAUAUAUUAAGCAUUGUUUCAUCUACACUGAAAUUUAAGAAUCUUUCCCUUUCUUUGAUUGUCCUCUUUUUUUUCUUAACACUUAAAAAAGCCUGGGGACACAAAGAAUCAUCAGACAGAAGAUAUGGUCUGUGUCCUUGAGGAAUUUUCAAUCUAGUUGGGGAGAUAUGACAGAUACUCCAGCAUGAAGUUAGCAUGAUAGAAGGAGAAAGCUUUGGAAACCUGGGUUCCAGACUCAGCCGCUCCUGCCUUUUUCUCUCUAACUCCACUCAUCCCCCUCUCCCUACCUCAGUUUUCCUUCAUGGAGCUUUUAUAAGAGAGAUAUAUGAGGAGUUUAUGAGGUUUCAUAUUUCCUAUGAUUAGAUUAGGCGGAUGGAUUGAUGAAUGGAAGACACAUGUUGGAGUGUUCCAUCACCACAAUCUUGAACAGAGGAAACCCUUUUCUCUCUAUUCUUCCCUUAAAGUCUCCUUAUUCCUUUGUAAAGGGGGAGGUUCUGACAGAAGAAUUACUGGGUAAGAGAAGGAUUGAUCCUAAUACAGGGAAAGUAAAAAGAAAGGCAGCUGGCUUUCUUUGGCAUCUCAUUAACCUUUCCAUCCACAUUUACCAAGUGCUUGCUAUGUCCUAUGUAGGCAGAAUCUUGGAAUCACAUAGAACCUUAGAAAAUAUCUAGUCCAACUUUCUGUACAACAUUCCUAAUAAGUAGUUGUCCAAUCUUCCCUUGAAGAUUGCUACUAAGGACAACCUGAUUCCCCAUCCUUGAGACUUUGAUGCUCUUUUCCUCAACUAUUCUUAGAGCAUAUUCUUUGCUUGAUGUAUCUUUUAUCAUUUUUAAACCUUUUAUUCUACUUAUCUAUAUAUAUGUAAUAUAUAAUGCCCUAUUUGUUAGAAUGUAGGCUCCCUGGGGGCAGUUCCUUUGUUUUUGUUUUGAGUUUGGGAUGUAGGGACAGGAAUUAGAUAAAGAGGAGGUAGGAGGGGCAUUUCAGGUGGAGGUCCAAGUGAUGAUGAGAAAAGUUGUGGCCAGGAGCAGAAAUGUAUAUUUUAGAUUUUUAGGACUAAGGAUUUACAGAUAUAGGAAUGCUAGUAGUAAAAGAUAGGGUUAGAGAGCUAAUUUCCUGUCUUACCCCCUUCUUCCUUUUUCUUUCUUGUCACUUUUUGCCAUUCAGCUUGUCCCUGUUUAUGGGUUAUCACUGGGGGAUGAGUAUAAUUGAAAUCUUCACAUCUAUUGUUGGUCAAUGGUUUUAAAUUUCUCUAUUCAACUAAACAGUUUGUUGGAGCUGAUCUCAGGGAAUAAAAAUCAUCCUUUUCCCUAUUCCUCCUAAACUUUUUAGGAGGGCUGCUGAGUAGAGACAUGACAGAAAGUAGAAAGUCACAGGAAAUAUCAAGAGAAGAAGAGAAUCCUGUAUUCUCCAUAAUAUUCUACACACUGGUGCAUCUGUCCUAAGACCAUAAGAGUUGGCUGUAUCUGCGGGCAUUAUCCUCUCAGUUCCAUUGCUUUCCAAACGCUUUCCUGAUGUGUUUCCUUCAGACCUCACAAGAAGAGCAAUUUUGCUGAGCAGGUUUACAACUGUCAACCUCAGGUUUUCAAUUCUUUUUGGCUCCCCCAUUCCCAAGUGAUCUCUGUCUCUCUCUGUAACCUUAGGAAAGUAGGGAUGUGACAACGAUGCUACAGGUGAAAAUGUGAGAAAAACAGUUUAGCAUCUUGGGAGCCAAUAGUAACAUCCAGACUCAGCCACAGUGGUCCUCAUCUUCCCAAGGUCCACCUCCUUGUUUCAAUGACCACUUGUUACCACAAGGGGGUGGCCCUGCUGCAACCAAAGCCCCAUUUGAGUUCCAGCACUAGGAGGGAAUGGUUUAACUUGGUACAUUGCUUUUAUAUCCAUGGAAGAGGGUUGAAUCCUGCUGCUCAAAAUCGAUUUAAGCCUUACUGCAAAAAUACAUGUGACAGGGCCUUUGUCUUUCUGGUUUUGCUGGACAGGGUCCCAACCUUGGAAGAACCCUCUAGUGUGUGUCUUCAAGCCCUGUUCCUAGAACUCAUUGGUACAGAACCAGAACUUCCCGAGGACCAUUUCUUUCCAUAGGUAGAGAAUCACAGAAUACUAGAAAUAGAAGACACCUUAGAGAUCAUCCAGAUCAUUCUGGGAGGGGGGGAAACUUAAAUGGAUGCCUUCUAUUUUCUACACCACAGUUAUUUCCCAAUACCUCUUCUCUCCUCCUCCCUCACUGAAUUUUGUAUGACAAAGAAAAAAAGCAAAACUGAGUAAUAGGUGGAUAUGCAAUACUCUAUUCCUAUCUUUCUGAGCAGAGGAGGGAAGCUUGUACAUUCUGUUUUCUAAGCCCAAAAUUUGUUAUUUCCAUUAAUUUGAGUUAAACUGCCUUUUAGUAUUGUUUUUGAUUACAUUAUUGUAGUCAUUGUGUUGUA